AUGGUUGCUGUCCAAGGUUCCAAGGUCCCUCUCCCACACCCUUCCUCCCUCUCUCCCUCUCCCCAUCUCCACACUUCCAUCCUCUUUGAACCCUCCUCCCUUUCUCUUGCCCUUACCCAUACUGAUUCCUCCCUUUCUCUAUACCCUUCAUUCUCCCCGCUUUCCCCUUCUUUCUCUCCACACCAAACCCAAACCCUAACCAUUCCCUCCCCCUCCUCCUCCUCCACCUUCCUCCUCCUCCAACAACACCCAUCAGCCGCAUCAGCCGUCAUCUUCCUUGUCUCCUCCCCCCACCGCUCCCGCAUCCUCCUCCGCCUCUACCGCCUCCGCCGCCGCGAAGCCCCCUCCUUCGCACGUGUUACACGUGUCCUCUGUUCGCAUAAAGACCUCUGCUUUGAGCCCGGCCUCGGCGUCAUCCUCGACGCCAAGCACGGCGCCGCCGUCAGACUCGCCGCUUCCGUCAACUACUUUGCGCUUUACGCGCUCUCCAGCAACAAGGUAUGGGUUUUCGCCGUCAAAGACGAAGAUGGUGGUGGCCGCCAAGAUGGCAACAACAAUAACAAUGAUGAUGACAGUGGCAGUGGUGCUGGUGUGAGAUUGAUGAGGUGCGCGGUGAUUGAGUGCGCAAGACCGGUUUUUUCUUUGAGUGUUGCAUUUGGGUUUCUGAUCCUUGGGGAGGAGAAUGGGAUUAGGGUUUUUGGGCUUAGGAGGCUUGUGAAAGGAAAAAGUGGCAACAAGAGGUUUGGGAAUUCGAAACAUUUGAGGAAUGGUGGUGGUGUUCGAGGAGGGGGUUUGGAGGUGGUGAACUGCAAUGGUGAUUUGGAAGGGAAGAUGGAAACACAUGGGGUUGCUGCUGCCAAGGUCAGCACUUCAGUUAGUGGCCCCUGUUUUGACGUUUCUCUUCUAGCCUCUGGUCACACUUUGCAGGCCUGUUCUCUAUUUCUCGUUGACCAGGAUAUGGGUGCGAGACAAGUGAAGCAAACAGUUAAAUCAAAACACGAUGACAGAGAUGGAGGUUCAUGUUUUGUGGUGUUGAAGGGAAAUGAAGUCAAUACAAAAUCUGCAACAAAGGUAUCUAUGUCUAUAAAGGCGAUUUCCGUUCAGGCUGUGUCCCAGAGGAUGUUUCUAAUCUUGGAUUCUCAUGGAGAUUCACAUUUGUUAUCCCUGUCACAUUCUGGCGUAGGAGUAGAUAUAGCUGGUAAUGUUAGGCCACUGCCUCGUACAAUGGAAGUGAGAAGUAUUGCUGUUUUUCGUGAUCUCUCUAAUAUGUCUCAGACUAUUUGGAUAUCAGAUGGAUGCCAUUCUGUACACAUGUUCGCUGCAAUGGACAUAGAAAAUGCUUUAAAUGAAGCUGAUGGAAAUGAUUGCAAUGAAAAGCUUUUGCAUCUCCCAGUUCUCUUAAGGAUUGUUCGGAACCUAUCAAUUUGUAUGAGUAGUCACAAUCUUGGUAUUGUGGAAGGGCAACAUCAGGGCAUGGUUACUACGAGGAUGGAGGCUAAACUGGAUGGGCUUGAAAAGAUGAUUCAAGAAAUGGUCCAAGAUCGGGAUAAACGGGAUAAUGAGUACCAUGACCGCUUUCAACGCAUAUAA